GGAGCCUCAGGCAUGAGGGUCCAGUGUCUUUCCCACCAUUUUAUAGCUCUUUAAUUUUGGCCUUAAGAACUUUCUUUUCAGCUUCCAACCCCAAAUCCUCAUUCUCUUCUUCACCUACCUUUGGCUCUUAAAGAAGGAGGUGAAGCUGCCUGAUUUUUGUUUGAGGACAAAGGAAUGGAGGAGAAGACUUUGAACAAAGGUGAUGCCCCAAAGAAACUGGGUCUGCCCUUUUCCAUUGAGGAGAUCCUGAAGAAAAAAACAAGGAAGAGAGGCAUUCCCAGGACAGGCAGAAGAGAUACCCACCAGGGUGAUACUGAGACUCUAAGAGUAGAGAACUCACCACUGGACCUUCCCCAGGAGGAAAGGAAAGGUAAACGAAGAAUUCGUACCACAUUCACCACAGAGCAGCUCCAGGAGCUGGAGAAGACUUUCCAGUUCACUCACUACCCAGACAUCCAUAUCCGCAAUGAACUGGCAACUAAGAUCAACCUCCCAGAAGCCAGAAUACAGAUAUGGUUCCAGAACCAACGAGCCAAAUGGAGGAAGCACGAAAAAUUGAGCAGUUUCAGAAGCCUGCAGACUUUAACAGACAUGGACAUUAUCCCAGCACCAAAGUCAGACAUGACUGUAAGUGGCAGAUGGAACCUGCAAGGAAUGAAAGAAAAGAGGAAGAGGGACUCUGAGAUGAGAGGGCUGACAUACCUGGGAGCAUCCCACCCCCAGGAUGAAGAUGAGUGA